UGGAAAUGACGCCAUCGGUGAGCGACGGGCCUACCAUGGCGGCGGCGGCAGCGGCUGCGGGCACGGGCGGAACUGCUCGGACCACUGAGCCUCCGCAGCCGCCGCCGCCGCCGAGUCCCUGCUGAGGAGCAGCUCCGCUGGGUUGUGCAGCGUGGGAGGAGUCGGGCAGGACCCUGCCAGGAGCGGAGCCGUGGGCCCCGCUGGCCCACAAGCAGGCUUCGGCGCGAUGUUAUUCUCGCUGCGGGAGCUGGUGCAGUGGCUGGGCUUCGCCACCUUCGAGAUCUUCGUGCACGUUCUGGCGCUGCUUGUGUUCUCCGUGCUCUUGGCGCUGCGUGUGGAUGAUCUGGCCCCAGGCCUGACGUGGUGGAACGUAUUUGUGCCCUUUUUCGCCGCUGAUGGACUCAGCACCUACUUCACCACUAUCGUGUCCGUGCGCCUCUUCCAGGACGGGGAGAAGCGGCUGGCUGUGCUCCGCCUUUUCUGGAUCCUCACCAUUCUUAGCCUCAAGUUUGUUUUCGAGAUGCUGCUGUGCCAAAAGCUGGUGGAGCAGACGAGGGAGCUCUGGUUUGGCCUCAUCAUGUCUCCGGUCUUCAUUCUUCUGCAGCUGCUCAUGAUCCGGGCUUGUCGUGUCAAUUAGCCCCGUGUGGAAGGUAGGGGGAAAGAAAGAAUGCUGUCACAAACUAAGACCCCCAGCUAUCCUUGGACUGAAUGAAAUGCUUUUGAGGUCCUCAGCUUUUCUUCAUAAUCUUCAUCCUAACUACAGGCGGGUGGGCAGAUGUGUGGAAAAAAACACUGGUCACUAAAUAAAGGUAUUUUUUUUUCUUUCAGUUCUAUGUUUUUCUGUUUCCAUUAUUAUUGAUUUGAAAUGGGUUCCAGAUUGGACAUAUGUUCAAUUGCUUGGACUGUAAAGGAGCUUUGCUGUUAGAAAUUGCUUUUUAAUAAAAUAUAUUGUUGGAA